AUGUCCGCCAAAGCCGAAAAGAAGCCAGCCUCUAAAGCUCCAGCUGAGAAGAAACCAGCUGCCAAGAAGACCGCUUCUUCUAUGGACGCCAGCAAGAAAAGAGUCAAAGUUAGAAAGGAAACAUACUCCUCUUACAUUUACAAAGUCUUGAAGCAAACUCACCCUGACACCGGUAUUUCUCAAAAGUCGAUGUCGAUUUUGAAUUCUUUUGUUAACGACAUCUUCGAGAGAAUUGCUUCUGAAGCUUCUAAACUUGCUGCUUACAACAAGAAGUCGACUAUCUCUGCGAGAGAAAUCCAAACUGCGGUCAGAUUGAUUUUGCCCGGUGAAUUGGCAAAGCACGCUGUGUCGGAAGGAACCAGAGCUGUCACUAAGUACUCCUCCUCGACUCAAGCUUAA